AUGUAUUCAAUUGUGUUACUCAUUUUGUGUUUAUCAUUUCCUGGUAUCGUCCUCAGUGACUACAACUGUACAACCCCAAAUACACUUAUAACUUUUGAUGAUUUACCUGCAGUAUCUGAAGCAGGUUUAGUGCCAAACAAUUAUUUUGAUUUAACUUGGUCUAAUGUCGCCUACAUAUAUGUUCGUUAUCUCAACUCAUUUGGUGGUAAUCAUACAACUCUUUCAAGUGACGUAUAUGUUGCUUUCAAUAAUGCUGGAAAUUCCAUGACAAUUAGUUCUCCAGCAGCUUCUACUUUUAGUAUAAAUUCGUUUAUUGCAGCUGCUUUUUGGCAUGAUAAUUUGACUUUAUCAAUGCAUGGAAAACGAAAUGGAGCAACAAUUUAUCGACAAAAAGUCACACUCCAGGCGAAUAUUGCGUCGCUGAUAGUAUUAAACUGGACUGAUGUUGACAGCAUUAAUUUCACUAGUUCAAGAGGAAUUCUUGAUCCCAUGUUCUCUGGGGCAGGAAAUGGAUCACAAUUUAGUAUGGAUAAUUUAUGCGUUGAUAUCCAACAAUCAUCGAAAAAUAUGGUUUUUUUAUUUAGAAGCUCAUUUUAUAUACCAACACUUUAUCCUAUUACAGCCACUCCAACGACCUUAGUAGUCACAAAUGAUAAUUCUCAAACUGCCAUCAUAGUUAGUGUUGUACUUGGUAUCACAAUUCUAAUACUCGUCGUUGGGAUAGGUGUUUGGUAUUAUAUCCAUUCAAGCCGACGUUCUUAA